GAGACGGUGUGUUGCUGGUUACUCGGGUGCCCUCGCGGUUUACUGGGCCUCGGAGAUCUUUGUACUAAAAACCGCAUUUAAUCUUGUCGAUGCGUUCAGGAAAACGUUGAAACUCCCGAAAAGCACCUCUCACGGGUCCUUGUAAGCGGAGUGCUGUGAAUGCACAACAGGUUGCUUAAGGUGUUUCUGGAGAUGCUCGAGAGUCGGGCAGUCCUGUGAGGCCUGUCUGCCCCUGCCAGGGGCAGGUCCACAGCAGGGAGCAGCUCUGCAGCAGUGGCGUGGCCUUGUGCGGAGGAGGGCUCGGGGCUGCAGCGGGAGCCCGAGCCCUGAUGUUCUCCCCUUUUUCUGAGGCCUGGAAGCAGUUUAUUUCUCAGCUUUUAAGAAAAGUAUAGGAAGAUGGGGUUUGAUACUAGUCAGUGCAUUGCAGUAAUCUGGAAGAGAGUGCCAGAUGACAUGUGGGGAUCUCUUUUAGUUUUCAUCUUGAUGUGUAAAGGACUGGUAAAGGGGGAAGUAGAGCUGUUGUACCACUGCUCUUGAUUUUUUCCCCUCCCCAAACUCCCCUCUCCUGCCUUGUCUUUUUUGCUUGCUUUGGGAGUAUGUGAUUUCUUGGAGAACUUCCUCUUGGAAAAGCUGGGGAGAAAAAUGCAUUGUUUUGCCAUUAGCACAGCCUGUCUUGUUUUCGGUCAGUUCUGUGAAAACUAGCCUUUUUAUCGAAAGGCUGGAAAAAGGCAAAGAUAACCUGUUUCUAACAUGAUGGAGAGGAAAACAGUUAAAGAAUAAGGGUGCGCUAGAUUCUGGAGGCUAACCAACCUCUUAAACAGUGGUGCAUGUUUUUAAAGAAGCGUGUAAUGUCAUUUGCAAUCAGGGUAUGGAGGAAAAUUUGCCUUUUAUGAUCUUCUAAUGUAGCAGAUACCGUUAUUGUAUUGCUUUAUGUAGAAAUUAUGCGUGAGUCAUUUAAAAAGGGAAAACACACUAUUAUCCUUUUCCCCCUUUCUUUAUCCAAAGACUCCUCGCUCCCCCAUCCGUCAUUCGGUUAUCCUGGGCCUAUCUGAUCCUAGUUGUCAGAAGCUAAAUUUGUAGUAGGUCGAUAGUGUCAAUUCAUUCACCUGCAAGAACCUUCUUGGUUGCCUCUGACUACAGAAAUAAGUUCAAUUCUGAGGCAGAAUUUCUAGUUUUUUCAUUUUUCCAAGUCAAGACGGUAGGCAAAAGUGUGACGCUUCAAAAUGUUAGAGGAAACUAAAAAGCUGAUUGGUAAAUCCCUUCAGCCGGCACGGCCUGUGCGUCAUUUGUCGUCACAAAAUGAGUCAGUGAUUGCUUUCAACUUUCAGACUGAAUUACCUAGCAACACUCCGGUAUGCUUGCAGAGUGAGGUUGGCUGGUGGUCCGAAAUGACAGGAAUGAAGAUCUUAACUCAGACUGUGAUACCUAGUCAACCAAAACAACAUGAAUUAGAAGAAAAAAAAGAAAGAAUCAAAUACAGCAGAGACUUCCUUUUAAAACUUUCAAGUGUUUCACUCUCUCAGAAGAAGCCAAAGUUUCUUCCUGAUCAUCCAAUUGUACUUGAAAAACCAGAGAACAGCAACACUUCUGUUGAUUUAUGCAAGAAGUGAUAGGUUGUUUGGAAGGUGAGAGAUCCAUCAGCGAAGGACCUACAUGUGAAGUAGAUCUUUACAGAAGAUUUUUAAAGGUACUUGAGUGCCUACAGAUGAAAACAGGACCUUAUGAAAUCUACGGAAAUGCCCAUUUCUGUCUGUAAUAGCCUGAAUGCUUUGAAAGUCAAACCCUUAAUUUGCAAUGCCUGUGAUAGUAAUACAAUUAUAGUGAAAGUAAAUAAUUUUACAUUUCUCUGUGGCAGACUUUUUUCCUUCAAUCAGCUGUGUUAUCUAACCUUAUAGUUUAUUUGACUGUAAACUUUAAACCAGUA